AUGGUCAACGCUAUUGCUGUUCUCAAGGGUGCCGAUGUUUCUGGUGUCGUCAAGUUCUCUCAAGCCUCUGAAGAUGCCAACGUUGUUGUUGAAGCUUCUUUCACUGGUUUGAAGCCCGGAAAGCACGGUUUCCACAUUCACGAAUUCGGAGACAACACCAACGGUUGUAUUUCCGCUGGUCCUCAUUACAACCCCCACGGUAAGACCCACGGUGCUCCUGAUGCUGAGGUUCGCCAUGCUGGUGAUUUGGGUAACAUUGUCGCCAACGAAGCUGGUGAGGCCAAGUUACACGUUGAGGAUGCUCAAUUAAAGUUGAUCGGUCCCCUGUCCAUCAUUGGUCGUACUGUCAUCGUCCACGCUGAUGAGGAUGAUCUUGGUAAGGGCGGUCAUGAGCUCUCUGCAACUACUGGUAAUGCUGGUGAUCGUUUGGCUUGUGGUGUUAUUGGUGUUACCAAAUAA